CGGCCCGGUCUCUGCGCCCGCCGCCCCCGGCGCCGCCCGCCCCUUUGUCUGGGCGGCCUGAUGGCCCCGCUGAGUCGUCCGGAACGGGGAGAAGGGGCGAACCGGGCCCUGGGCGCGCUGUGCCGCGGGAGCCGAGCGGGGCCGCGGUGGGAGCGGCCGGCCCGGACGGGGUUAACGGGAGAGCCCGGCCCGUCCCGCGCAGCCCCGCCGCGGCGACUCGAGUCCCGAGGGGACGAAGCCUGCGGUUCCGAAUGCUCGGGACUUGUGCCCCCGGAGACUUCGCCCUGGGACCUGCGGGUGCACGGCUUCGGGAAAGAAGUUGAGAAUUUUGCCAGGUCAUCUCUGCCUGGGCACAGUUAAUCAGUGUGUGCUCAAGUGUGCCUGCUUGAAGCGCUCCAACUGUGUUGAAUCAGCGUGCCUAACCUCCGGGGCGCAUCGUGAAAACCGAAACCGCGGGGAGUGGUAGAGGCCUGCUUUGUGUGUGUGUUUUUCCCACUUUCAUCUUGUUUUCCGUGUUCGUGCUCUUGUUUUAAGCCCGGUUGGACUGUGGCGAGCACACGUCUGUUCCCAGGAGGGGCAGUGACCACAGUGCUUUGACGGGGAGCUUGGUAAUGUGGAACUCUUUUUUAAAAUUCUGUCUCUGGACACUGGCUUGCUGUGUGGUUCUGGGCAAGUUACUUUCUGAAGUACGCUUUUUCUCGAAAACAAGCUUGAUGGAGGCCGUAAAUGACCCUUCCGAAGUGCUUUGCUAUCCCAGAAGUAAAGAUGAACUCUUAAUUUCUUAUGCAGAAGUUAGUGGUGAGAAUUUUUUUUUUCUUGCAGAUAGUUUAUCUUACGUAAAGACCCACCCAGAUCAUAACAACCAUCAGCUUUGACGCUUCCACUUUCGAGUUCAGCCUUUGAAUUUCAGGAAACUACAGGCAAUUUUCCCUUUCUUAUAAUUUUUCUUUCCGACGUAGGUAUUGCUUUUGCAAACGUAAAUGACACAUUAGCAACAGUGAUAUGCAUUUCUGCAAAUCUUUUAAUGUCAGGUUUCAUAGAAGACAGGCUCUUAAAUCUGCAUUUAGUAUUGUACAACACCAUGUAACCUCUGGAAAACACCGCUGUAUGCUCAUUUGUUGUUGUUGUUGUUGUUAAUGUGUCAUUCCUAUCCUGUUUGCACUGUGUACGUCAAAUCAGCAUGUCAUGCAAGACACAUUUUCAGAAUGUGGGUAUAUUUUUUUCUCUUGAGCCCUGACUUAACAAUUGGGAUUUAGGUGCAUAAACAGUAACAUAGAUGAAGAUUGCAUAAUCAUAUGAUUCUUCAGACUCAGGGACAUUUGGAAAUAUCCUAAGUGGUUAAACUUAAUUCUUAGUUCUGGGGCAUAUUUUUUAAUAUGCACAAGCAAAAUGUGAAUUCCACAUUAGCUGUGCUUAUGAAAAUUUGUGUGUGAACGUGGUCUUUGAAAGCACCAUAGAAGCUCCAGAUUUCGAAGGAGCCCUGCGGUGAAACCUUUGGUGAAACAACGAACAGUUUGUGUAUGUGCCCUUAGAGUUUUCUGUGCCUUUGAGUCAGUCUGGGUUCCCUAGGUUGGGGGAUGUUUAUAUGCUAAUGUGUAAAAAUUUAAGAUCAUACUCGGGUUUAAUGGUUUUGAAAAGAAGCUAAAUUUAUUUCCAAUUGUUUCUGUGAACUCUAGUCGGAAUCUGUCAGUAUGUAGUUCUCUGCCAUCAACAGGAAGCAUCUGGUCAAUCUUCAUGUAGUUGUUAGAAAACGCCAGGUGUAUUUUUAAUGUUUGCUGUUCAAAUGAAAGUAAAUUGGAUCUUGAUUACUGUUACUUGAUUUUAGUUUGGUUUCUUCCUCUCAUUUUUAUUUUUUUAAAGCUUUUUAUUUGAAAGUCAGAGUUGGGGGGCAGGGCAGAGGUCUUCCAUCCCCUGGUUCACUCCCCGGAUAGGCAGAACAACUGGGACUGGGCCAGGUCAAAGCUAGCUUCAUCCAGGUCUCCACGUGGGUGGCAGAGCCCAAGUCAUUGGGCUAUUAGCAGAGAGCUGGAUUGGAAGUGGAGCAUCCGGGACAGGAACCAGCACCCAUAUGGGGUGCCAGUGUCACAGAUGGCGUCUGCCCGCUAUGCCACAAUGCCAGCCCCCCCUUUCAUUUUUAAAGUGUCUUUAUAAUGGGUCUCAUUUUUUGUAGAAGGGUUGCUGUUUUUGUGCUUAAGUACCUCAUAAGUUUAAAAUAACAGCAGAUAAACAUGAAAAAUUCAGAAGUCAUUAACGAGAACUUGUGAAUUGCGAUUUCUUUUUUGAGUGCCUGCAAGGCUCUUAGCAGUUUCCCUUUCUAAGUAUCCCAAGUGUGGAAGAACUCACUGCUGGGACCUGUCACUUCCCUCUGACUUUGCAGACUUUUAAAAACAAACCCAAACAAAAUGUCAAGGGUCAGGACAACUGAAUGUAGUUUUAUGUUUUCUAAUCACAAAUAAUUGUACAUAUUUAUGGAGUUCAGUGUGAUAAUUCAGUGCAUGUAUACAAUGUGUAAUGAUGAAAGUAACCAAAACUUCUGUAUCCUUAAACAUUUACUGUUUCUUGGUACUGGUAACCCUCGGACUCCUGUUUUAAUUCUUCAUAAAAUAUGUAAUAAAUUGUAAACAGUAGUCACCCUAUUUGAGGGCAACUUAGUUUAAUGAGUAUCAUUCCUUUGGUUCCAUGGCUUUCUAACUAAUAAUAUUUCUGUUGCACUAACUUCUCUACUUUGAGACAACUAUAAUGAGUGUUCAUUUUCUGAUGAUGUUUGUUCCGUUGUGCUCUCCGGAAGGUGAAUCUAGCACGAGUUAGAUGAGACUAGGGCCUGUGUGUUUCCUCAUAGGGUUAACCUUGCAGUGGUCCGCACCGAGAAGAUGCUUUGGUGCAGUUAGCCAUCAGUUCAGCUGUUGUGGGCCAGAGCACCUUUGUUUGGGCAGUGUGUAUCUAAUGGAAGCAUCGAGGCAGUAGGUUGAAGUGAUUUCUCUACUAAAUUCAUUUCGCAGGACUACUGAUAUUUUAAGUAGAAAUCUAAAACUCUUGGAGCUAGUGUGUUCUCUCUGAGAGAAAAAGCAAGAGAGAAACAGAAAGACAGCCCCAUCUCUGGUUUGUUCUCCAAAAUUUACUGAUAGCCAGAGCUGGGACUCUGCAGGACCUGGGACUGGCUGGGCUAAAGCGCUGGUUCUGGGAACACAAUCUGGGUCUCCCACGUGAGUAAUAGAAAUCAAAUUGCUUGAGCCAUCACCACUGCCUCCCCAGGUCUGCAUUGUCAGGAAGCAAACCCAGGUACUCUAAUAUGAGAUGUGGGCAUCUUAACUGCUGGGUAAAAUGUUCACUCCCUUCUCUUACUUUUUUUUUUUUUUUUUUAAGAUUUAUUAUUUAGUUGAAAGAGUUACAGAUGGAGAAGGAGAGACAGAAAGAGUGAUUUUCUGUCAGCUGGUUCCCUACCCAGAUGGCCACAACCACCAGGUCUAGACCAGGUAGGAGCCAGGAGCUGCUUCUGGGUCUCUCAUGUGGGUGGCAGGGGCCCAGGGACUUGGGCCAUCCUCCAUUGCUUUCUCAGGUGCAUUUGCAGGGAGCUGGACCAGAAGUGGAGCAGCUGAGACUUGAACUGUUGCCCAUAUGGGAUGCUGGUGCCACAGGCGGAGCCUGUGCAAUGGCGGUAGCCCCCUCACUGUACAUUUUAGUAUGAGUCAACGCUUCUGUGUAAUUUUUCAAAAAACUAAAUGUUUCUCUACCUUUCAAAACAAAAAAAUUUAAAAUGUUUAAGUUGGUAGAAUAGCAAAGAAGGUCUUAGCCCUACUUUAAACUUGGUACUGAUCCUAUUAUACUUGGCAUGGUGUAUCAACUUUUUAGGUAGCAUACUGUCAGGCUGUUAAGUGGGACCUUGUGUCUAAUACUCUGUCAGAACAACCUGGAGAGCUAAUUAAAAAACAUCCGUGGGCAUUUGGCACAGCACUUAGGCCACCUCUUAGGACUCCCACACUUCAUGUCAGAGAGCCUCUGUUCCAGUCCCGGCUCUUUUCUGCAUUCUAGUUUGCUGCUGAUACAUGUCUUGGCAGCAGGUGCUGAGGCAGGUACUUGAGUCCCUACCACCCAUGGAGGAGACCUGGAUUGAGUUCUCACUCUUGGUUUUGGCCUGACCCAGCCUCUCUGUUGUGGGCAUCUGGGGAGUGAACCAUGAACCAGAUGAGAUCUCUCUUUCUCUACCUUUCAGAUAAGUCAAACAAAAACAAAACAGCAGCAGCAACAACAAAACAGACUGUAAAAACCGAAGUAGGAUAGGACCUGGGCCACUGUAGUUUUUGUUAAGUUCCCAAGGUUGAUAGAGAUUCAGGUUUAAAAAUCACUGGAUACAGAGCAUAACGAGGGGGACUUUGAUUGUAGGGGAAAUGGAUAAGAGGAUAUGUUGAUAACAAAGGGUUUUUGGGUAAAGAGUAGUAGCUUCUGUAAGAAAUAACAGCCAACUGUCUGAUCAAGUUUGAUCUGAGAAAUUAAGGUCAGUGGGUAGAAGUUAAGUUUGAGAUUUAUUUAUUUGAAAGGCAGAAUGACAGUGAUAUUCCACUGGCUUGCUCCCUGUAUGGCUAUAGUGGCUGGAUGGACCAGGCCAAAGCUAGGAGUCCGGAACUCCAUCUGGGUCUCCCUUGUGGUGGCAGGGGCCCAAGCACUUGGGCCAUCAUCCAUGGCUUUCCCAGGUGCAUUAGGGAAUUGUAUUGGAAGUGGAGAGCUGGGAUUUGAACCGGAGCUAUUGUACAGGAUGCCAAGCAUUGCAAGCAGCAACUUAACCCUCUGUCACAAGGCCAGGCUGUAAAAUAUUUUCCCAGAGAAAUUUCCUCAAAGUUAAAAAUAGGAGGGGUUGUUUGGGUGAUAGGCUGUGUCUGUUCACUAACAGUGCCCAGGUUGGAGCUUCCGAAGAAACUUUGCUGAAGGAGGAGUUGGGCUAGGUGUCCUUAAGUGCUUUACAGACUGAAAUUUUAUGGAAUAUGUCUAGAUUUGCAGUACCUAGUGGAAGAGAAAAGCUAAUUGAGUUAAAUGAGCUGGUUAGCUUAACUGCAUUGUAGUUUUGGCCUUCUUGGAUAAAGAGAAAUGAGUUUUAAAUGAGGGUGUUAUUGAAGGCCUUUAAGCCAAGCUGUAAUUUGGCAAACUGAAAAGCCUAAUGGCCCUAUCUUCUGACAUAAGUUGCCAUUUAAAGGAAUUUAUCUUGGAGUCCAUGUUGUGGUACAGCCUGUAAAGCGGCUGCUUGGUUAUGCCAGUGACUGCGUCCCAUUUUAGAGCACAGCAGUUCCAGUCCCAGCUGCUUCUGAUCCCAGUCCCUGCUAAUGCACCCGAGAAGGCAGUGGAAGAUGGCCCAGGUACUGGAGUCCCUGACUCCCAUGUGAGAGACCUAGAUGGAAUUCCUGGCUCCUGGCUUCAGCCUGGCCAUUGCGGCCCUUUGGGAAGUAAGCCAUUGGAUGGAUGUUCUUUUUUCCCUUCUCUCCCCCUUUGUCAUUCUGCCUUUCAAGUAAAUAAGUCUUUUUAUUAAAAAUUGGGGGGCUGAUGUGUGAUGUAGUGGGUUAAGCAGUCUCCUGCGACAGCAGCAUCCCAUAUGGGUGCCAGUUUUUGUCCUGUCUGUUCCACUUCUGAUCCAGCUCCUUGCUAUUGUAGCUGGGAAAGCAGUGUAAGGUGGCUCAAGUGUGUGUUCCCCUGCACUCAUUGGGAGACUCUGAUGAAGCUCUUGACUUCAGCCUGGCCCACCUUGGCUGUUGCAGCCAUUUGGGGAAUGAAUCAGUGGAUGGAAGAUAUCUCUUUCUCUAACUCUGCCUUUCAAAUAAAUCUAAAAAAAAAUUAUUUUAUCUUGAUGUGGUUAAAAUGUUUAUGAAGAGUGAACUCUCAACAUAGCAGUUGCAGUGUUGUUGACAGUAAAAGCUGUGUAUUAAUGCAUUUAAGCGCUACAGUAACAUGAAGUGGGUAGUAUUAGCCCCACUUUUCUUAAGAGAAAACUGAGGGAGAAUGAAAUGAGGUCCGUUGCCCAGGGUAGCUGAGUUCUGGAACCAGGACUUGAUUCUAACCACUGUGACUCCAGAGCAAGUACUGUUAUUACUAUGCUGUAAAAUUGUAAACAAUCAGAAUGUCUCUCAGAGAUUAUUAGGAUACAUCUGUACGGGGGAGGGGGGGGGCGGCGCGGCGCGUAAUGCUUAUGUAGCCAUUCAAAUGAUAGAAGAUUGUAAACACAUGAAAAGAUGUCUCGGUGUGUGUAAUUGAGAAAACUAGAUUAUAAAACAGUUCCAUCUUGGUUAAAAAAAAUACAUUGAGAUUUGGAUGGAUUUGUGCCGAAUUGUUAAGUGGUUAUUUCUGAAUAUAGUUUUAUAAGAGAUUGUUUUCUUUUUGCUUAUCCAAAUUUUGAAAGUUCUACAAUAGACACUCAUUUUUGUUACUUGUAGUUAUAAAUACAGUAGUAUAGAAUUUUAAAUAAAAAGAUGUAGCAUAAGUUGAAGAAUUUAGAUUUUGUUAUGCAGUUUAUAAAAAUGGACUUGUUGGGGGCUGGCAGUGUGCUGUAGUGGGUAAAGCUGCCAUCUGCAGUACCAGCAUCCCAUAUGGGUGCCAGUUCGAGACCCCGUUGCUCCAAUUCUGAUCCAGCUCCCUGCUGAUGCUGCUGGGAAAGCAGUGGAAGAUGGCCCAAGUACUUAUUGCACCCACAUGGGAGAGCCAGAGGAAGCCCCUGGCUCCUGGCUUCAGCUUGGCCCAACUCUGGUAGUGAACCAGUGAAUGGAUGAUCUCUCUCUGCCUCUGCCUCUCUGUAACUCUGCCUUUCAAACAAAUAAAUAUUUUAAAAAAUUGGGAAUUGUACAUAAAUGAGGAUUUGUGAGUCCAUGAAGUGUUUUGCUUUUUUUUUUAGAAACUUUUGAUUCCUCACCAUUCUAGAAGUAAUGUCUAAUUGAUUAGAGAAAACCAUCACUAACUCCUUUUAGUCUACCCAGUCAGCUCUAUUUUGUUGUAUUUUCUUCAUCUUACAUGUAAUAUGUUAAGUGUCAUAUUCAUCUCCGUCAUUCUGUAGCUGUGUGACAUUAGGUACUCUACUUAAUCUCUCUGCCUCAGUUUGCCCCUUGUAAAAUGGGCAUUAAUAUGAUACCUAUCUCAUGGGGGUUGGGAAGAUUAAAUGAGUUAGUGCACAUAAAGUGAUCAGAACAGUACCUGACAUAGUUAAUAACUGCAAAUGUUAGCAAUUGUAUUAUAGGAUCACAGUCCAUAAUUCAAAACCCUUAGAGUCUAAUAGAUUUUGGAGUUAACAAUUUUGGGGGAUAUAAACAAGUUAAUAAUGUUAUGUAACCUUCCAAAAGAGUCCAGUGUAAUUCUUCAGGGGCUGGCGUGGGGUACUGGGUGAGGCCACUGCCUGCAACACCGACAUCCCAUACAGGCACCAGUGCAUGUCCCUGCUGUUCUACUUCUGAUCUAGUUUCCUGCUAGUGGCCCGGAAAAAGCAGCAGAAGAUGGCCCAAGUGCUUGGGCCUCUGCCACCCACGUGGGAGACCUGGAUGAAGCUGUUGGCUCCUGGCUUUGGCCUGGCCCAGCCCUGGCCAUUGAAGCCAUCUGAGGAGUGACCCAGGGGAUGGAAAAUUGUUCAGUCUGUCUAUCUAACUCUGACCUUCAAAUAAAUAAUUAAAUCUUAAAAAAAAAAAGCUCUUCAAAGAUGUUAAGUUUUCGCAGUAAAAUGUGUCAACAUUUAUACCAAAUGGGAUAAAGCCUAUACACCGUUGCAUAUUGAUUCAGGUAAGGUUAUACUGCUAGAUGAGUUAUUUUGGGUUUCAGAGCUUUUUUGAGUUUUAUAACUACAGAUAAAGAACCUGUAGAAUACUUAACUUUGAGUCUAUUUUAAUGUUGAAACAUCUUUUCAUGUAUAGAGCUUUAUAGUGCAUGGUAAGUUUAAAAAAUGAAAAUAAUGAAAAAAAUUUCCAUUUUCUUUGAUUAAAAAUGUACUAAGCCCACUGAUAGUGUGAAUCUGUUUUUAAAAAUAUGCUAAGCCCACGGACACUGAAUCACUAUAUGAUGUAGAAUCUUUAGUUUCUAAAAGAGACUUGAGAGUUUCUUUUACCCAGUUAGCUUGUUUGUUUCAUUACACUUAGGGAUACUUCUACUCUGGUGGUUUACUACAGUGGUGAUUCCUUAAAGUGGAAAGAUGGGGGUCCUUUCCAUUCUGUGGAUACAGAGACUGAGAUGUCCCUGGUAGAUUUGGGAAAGAAGCUUUUAGAAGCAGCGCGAGCAGGUCAAGAUGAUGAAGUUCGUAUUUUGAUGGCAAAUGGAGCUCCUUUUACUACAGACUGGCUUGGAACUUCUCCGCUUCACCUGGCAGCGCAGUAUGGGCAUUAUUCCACCACAGAGGUUCUGCUCCGUGCUGGGGUGAGUCGGGAUGCCAGAACAAAAGUGGACCGGACACCAUUACACAUGGCAGCUUCUGAGGGCCAUGCCAGCAUAGUAGAGGUUUUGCUUAAGCAUGGUGCUGAUGUCAAUGCAAAGGACAUGUUAAAGAUGACAGCUCUACAUUGGGCCACCGAACACAAUCAUCAAGAGGUGGUGGAACUUUUAAUCAAAUAUGGUGCUGAUGUACACACACAAAGUAAAUUUUGUAAAACUGCAUUUGAUAUUUCAAUAGACAAUGGAAAUGAAGAUUUAGCGGAGAUAUUACAGAUCGCUAUGCAGAACCAAAUCAACACAAACCCAGAGAGUCCCGACACUGUGACGAUACAUGCUGCAACACCGCAGUUUAUCAUUGGACCUGGAGGGGUGGUGAACCUAACAGGUCUGGUAUCUUCAGAAAAUUCAUCCAAGGCAACAGAUGAAACGGGUGUGUCUGCUGUUCAGUUUGGAAACUCCUCUACAUCAGUAUUAGCUACAUUAGCUGCCUUAGCCGAAGCGUCUGCUCCCUUAUCCAAUUCUUCUGAAACUCCAGUAGUGGCCACAGAGGAAGUGGUUACUGCAGAAUCUGUGGAUGGUGCAAUUCAGCAAGUAGUUAGUUCAGGGGGUCAGCAAGUCAUCACCAUAGUUACAGAUGGAAUUCAGCUUGGGAAUUUGCACUCCAUUCCAACCAGUGGGAUAGGUCAGCCCAUCAUUGUGACCAUGCCUGAUGGACAACAAGUAUUAACAGUACCAGCAACAGACAUUGCUGAAGAAACUGUUAUAAGUGAAGAACCACCAGCUAAAAGACAAUGUAUCGAAAUAAUUGAAAACCGGGUGGAAUCUGCAGAAAUAGAAGAGAGAGAAGCCCUUCAGAAACAGCUGGAUGAAGCAAACCGAGAAGCCCAAAAAUAUCGACAGCAACUUCUAAAGAAAGAACAGGAAGCAGAAGCCUACAGACAGAAGUUAGAAGCUAUGACUCGUCUUCAGACUAAUAAAGAAGCUGUUUAACUGAACAUGUAGUUUGAUUUUACUUUUGGCCAAGAAAGAAUACAAUCUCGAACUGUACGCAUUAAGAGUACAGUCAUGGGAAUACAGGAUAAUAGAAGAGACUUCAGAUUGAUAAUUGGACUUAAGCCAUGAGCUCUGAAUUCUUGUAACAUAAAACUUUACUUUAGAAGUUGUGAAAUGUAUUUAAAACUGAAUUCUGUAAAUAGUUCUUGUUUUUUUUUUUACAGUUCCAAAUGAGUUGAUAAAGAUUGUUGAAGAGAUCCAAAACCACAACAAGCCACUGUUUUUGUGAAUUCUUUUUGAUUUUAGUACAAACCUUGAUCUCUCAGAAACAGAACAGUUCUAAGGGUGAUCAUUGCUGAUUAGACCAAAUGUGUAAUAAUUAUGGUGGACCGAUGCUGGAAUUACUCCUAUAGGUAUAAACUUCUAUAUGAAGGGAAGAUUUCUUCCAGGAAAUCUUUGUACAGCUUUAAGUUGUCUCAGAUUCUCUGAAAACAUUUUUUAGAAAGUGAAAUUUUUAUAUUUGUUCAAUUUCAGCUAUACCCAAGUAGAUUUACAUGUAUAUGAAGCAAAUAUUUUUUAAACUUUCUGUUUGUACAUAUUCUGCAUGUUUUAUAAUUUCAGAGUGCAUCACCUGCGUAGGUAUUUUUCCCACAAAGAUGAUGAAAGUUACUAGGAAGAAAAAAAACCACCUUUUAUUCUAUAGGUCAUUGAAGCUAAGUAAGCUAACAGCUGGUUUUAUUGGAGUGACAAUGUUCUUGGAAGGAGCAGCUUACAAGAUAACUUGAAUUUACGAACCCGGCACAAUAUGCUUUUUUGAAAUUUCAUAGUGGGGACGUGAAACUGUAUUCUGUGCCUUCCAUCAUGAUUUCCACAUGAAAGCACUUUAAGGCACUGGAUUUUAAGAUAAUGUUUUUGGAAAACUCAAUGAAUAUGGGUUUCUGAAAUACUUCAUGGACUUAUUUCCCCCUCUCCAGGAAAUUAUUCUCAUGGAAAAAAAAAUUGUUUUUGUAUGUAGAACAAGAACUUUUUGUACUACAGUGACGCUCUCGAUAAGACUAGCGCCAACUUUUACUUUUCCCUCUGAAAGCUUAGCAUCUGUGUUAUGACUUAACUCUCAUCACAUUGUUGUUGGAUUCCACAAUGUAUGGACAUGAAACUCUGACAGACUGUGUGUUCUUUUUUGUAAAACAUAACUACAAGCUCUUAUUUCUUGCUUUGUUUUUUAAUGUUUUAUUGCUUUAUGAAGAUGCUUAACCCCAAACCCCUCUAGAUUACCUAUACUGUAUAAAGAAGCAGUUACCCUUAAAACUGUACUCUGGCCUACUUUUCUAUUUUACAAUUAAAUAUCUUUUCCACAUA